AUGGCAAAACGCAAGCGACGUGUUAUUGUCGAGGCCGGCAGCGACGACGCCACCCCAGCCACUGCUGCCCCCACCACUACUACGGAUACUAGCUUCGUUGUCCCUGCUGGCUCGACUCGCGCACACGUUGAGGUCACACGGACUGAGAAUGACACCGAACACUCGAACGACGACGAACACUCGGACGACGGCGAAGACGACCCCUUCUAUGCAACAACAUGGGCUCUUCACGCUCAGGCUGCCGCCCACGCUGAAGUUCAGCAAGGUACGGACGCUCAGCAAGGCACGGACAAUCAGGCAACCCCCGCGUCGGCCUCUCCUGCUCCAGCCUCUUCGGCGCCUCCACGAGCGACGAAGAAGGCGCGCCAGAAGAGUAACAAGAACGUUCACGGUAUCCUGGACUGGCGCGACGAAGAACGUGAGCAUUAUGCGGACGAAAAAAUGCGUCAUGAGGGUCUUGGCGUUCACCGCUCUCUGCCGCCUUGCCGUCUAUGUUUCAAGCGUCUCGGCAACACUUGGUGUACUCAUUGUACUGGUCUCAAAUUUAUCUGCGAGGGUUGUCUUGUAUCAAAGCACCACGAGAACCCAACUCAUACCGUAAAGCGAUGGUGCCCGCAAAAGAAGUUCUUCGACGUAUACACUCUCGCCGAGGCCGGUCUCGUGAUACAACUCGGUCACGAUGGUCUUAGCUGCCCCAAUCCCCGCCCGCGUCAAGGACUUCUUACCGUACUCGAUGUGCUCACUGUGGCUAGCGUACGCGUGAACUAUUGUGCAUGUGGCACGCUCGACAGUAACGCGAAGGUCACUCAACUCCUCCGUGUCUGCUGGUGGCCUGCUACGAACGUUGAGCCUCGUACUGUGCUCACGUUCAGCCUUCUGGAACACUACUAUUCUCUCAACGCCACCGGGCGCACGAACAUGUACGACUACUACACCGCCCUUCAUCGCUUGACCGACAAUACGGGUACCCGUCCUCCGAAGUAUCGGUACAAGGAGUUCGCGCGUGCUGUCCGUUGCUACCAGAACCUUCGGAAUGGUUGUCUAGCCGGGCGCGCACACGAUCCGGACGGCUUUGCCGGUCUCUCCUCACAAGGCCAGCCUCCGUCAGUCAUCGUGGAGUGCCCGCUCUGUCCACGGAUGGGCGAGAAUACGCCUGAUCCAGCUACGAUUCCCGAGGAGAUGUGGCACUACUACUCGUUCAAGAUCGCGAUCGAUGGAAACUUCAAGGCGAAGCUCAAGAACCGCAAUCUUCUCGAUGUUCCGCUACAGGACGGCUGGAGUUACUUCGCGCCCAAUGCGCCUUACACGGAACACUUCAAGAAGUACGGCCAUGAGCCUGAGGCCAAGUACUGCGAUUCGAAUUUCGCGGCUGUAGACCACGCGCAGACGCCCUCACAGAAGCGCUUCUCUGUCAAUGGCAUCGUGUCGUGUGUAUGCUCGCGCCACGGGUACUACCUUCGGCACUGCACCGGCGAUCUCAAGUUUGGUGAACAAUUCUCGCCGAUCGACUUUCUCGUUCUUAGCGUCUUGGGUAUCUACGCCCACGACAUAGACGAGAUUCUCAUUACGUACGAUAUUGCCUGCUCGUACAGCGUCAACUUCCCGACGCGUAUGGAGCGGUAUCCGGAGCAUUUGCGCAUUGACCUCUCGUCGAUGCACAUCGUCUGGGCUGUGCCGAAGUUCCAUCUUCGCGGCCAUGGGCCCAGGUGUCGGGGUUGGCUGAAUCUGGCAUACACGCGCUGGGUCGGUCGUACGCACGGGGAGAUCGUUGAAGCCGGCUGGGCCGAGCUCAAUUCGGUCGCGCUCUCUUCGCGCGAGAUGGCAUUCUUCUCGCGGCAUGAGACGCUCGAGAAUGUCAUGUCGAAUAUCAACUGGCACAAGACGGUCCGCAACUGUACCUUGCUGGUCAUCAAUUUCAACGACGCUAUUCUCUAUCGCACGAAGCAGGGCACGAUCCUGGGAGAGCUCGACGGCGUAUUCCCUGAGGACCUCAGGUCUGGAUGGAUGCAGCAAGUGCGCACCUGGGAGGCGAAGCUCACGAACAAGAACCCGUACGAGGAGAAGGAGAUGCCCACGUCUAUGAAUGACGUCAAGCUUGCGCUCCAACACGAGGAGGCGGAGGAGGUCAAGAAAGGCAUCUUGCCGCCGCACGAGACGAGUGGCAGCGUCUUCAUCAUGGUUGGCCUCGAACUUGAGGAGCAACAGCGCAGCAUCUCAGCCACCGCCGCCAAAAAGUCGAACGCUUUAACCGACAAGGUAUCUCUGCGUGAGAAGCGAAAUAAGUUGCAGCAUCGUAUCGACUCGUGGCGCCGGCUUCAAGACGUUUACAUGCCGUUCGUGUCCCGUUUGCUGUCCGAGCAUUCGCACACGACGAGCGACGACGAGUGGCUGUACCCCGAGCGCGCGCCUCUAUUCCUGCCUUCUUCACUAUCGGACGCACAACGCGCUAUGUGCCUGGGCGAUAUCGCUGCAAAGGAAGAGCGUCUGCGCGUUGCUCAAGCCUUGGACGCCAUUCAUCACGUUCGCCGCUGCCUUCGCGUCAAGCUCGGUCUUGUGCACUACAAGCAUGUACAAGCCGAAGGACCCAGCAAUGCAAGAACGUCGCGCGCUCGCUCACUGAUCGCUGAUCACGAAAGCAAGCUCAAUCGCCAUGUUGAGCGCUAUCGAGCGACACGCGCCGCGCUACUGUUGCUCUCCCCUGACGGCGAGUGGACGGCACAGCUGCGCGAAUUAAAGCGGACGGACUUGAGACUACCUGGCGCCGACGAUGUGGGCGAUAACCCAGAGGAGGAUCGCCGUCGUGCACGCCAGACUCGUCAACGCUUACUGCAGGACGAGGCUACUGCUCAGGCUGGUUCUUCGGACAUUUCCCCGUCGUCGCACACCAUCCCCGACCCCUCGUCACCGCCUUCCUUAUCGACACCGUCAAACGCCGCCGCGCCGUCUCUCACUCAACUGCGAAAGCUGCAAAGUAGUGGUCGCGCGGAGAUGAGUUGGAUCUGGCGCACUAUAGCGCAUACUGUGGCGGAUAUGCCUGUCGGUGACGAUUCCGUCACUCAGGAGGAGGUCGAUGAAUGUAUGCGCGUCGAAUACAUUAUACAGCAUGCGCGAGUGGAUCGGUGGCGCGAAGAAGUUAACCAGCUGGAGGUCGAGAUGGAUAGUGGUGUCCGCCACUUCGAUCAUCGUGCACGUUGGUGGCUUUCGCGCUGUGGGAGCCGUCGCCACCAGGUCACGUCUGAUAUCGCAUCCGGCCUCGACGCGUAUGCUCGCCGCCAAGCCGAUACCGCCAAUCGCAUGGCCAACAUGUAUGUCAAACACUGGCAGCCCUGCCUUCGCAAGCACGGACGUGUCGACUUGUGGGCGAAUCGGUGCGGCGAUGCGUUGUGGGACUCGCAGGAGCUUCCCGAGUCUGCUGACGGCGCGACACCGACGGCCCUCGACCAUGAUCGGUCUGUAUCAUCAGACGAGUCGGACACGGACAGCGAGAACGCUCGCCCAGUGGAGGUAUCGAAUCGGAUUGCGGGAAUCGAGCGCGGGGAUGACGAGGCGGAGGACGGUGACAGUGGGGAGUCGGAUGCGUAG